GUUGGUCAUAAUGUAAUGAGCCUUCCCCAGAAGGCCCGUGUUAUGCUAGAUCAUGGAGGAUUCUCUCAAAUCAUCAGGCGGAGUUUCUCCUGCUGUGUACUCGAGGAGGCGGCACUAAAGGGAGGGGACGACUCCUGGCAGAUCCUGUGGUAUUUAACUACCACACCCUUUUCACUUCUCAUAGCUGGAACUCUUCUGUGCAGCAUCUGCGUACUUGGGACGUCUAAGAUGUCUUUGGUAACCGAAUUCCUGGGUCAGCUGACCCUUAACUUUGGGUCGAGCGAGCCCACCUACCCCACUGUGGUUCCUGCAGCUGAUUUUGAUCCGGACAAAGAUGCUGCCAGAAUAGAGACAGCUAUCAAAACUAAAGGUGUGGACGAAAAGACCAUUAUUCAAAUCCUCACCAAACGGACGUAUAGCCAAAGACGAGAAAUUGCCUUUGCAUAUGAGAGGAGAGCCAAGAAGGAUAUGAUUUCUGCCCUGAAGGGGGCACUGUCUGGCUCACUGGAGACCGUAAUUUUGGGCCUGAUGAAGAGCACCGCUCAGUAUGAUGCCUCUGAGAUUAAAGCCUCCAUAAAAGGUUUAGGAACAGAUGAGGAGACCCUGAUCGAGAUCGUCUGCUCCCGAAGCAAUGCAGAGCUCGUGGAGAUAAAGAAAGUCUACAAAGAAUUGUUCAAGAAGGACCUGGAGAAGGAUGUGGCUGGAGACACCUCGGGAGACUUUGCUAAGCUGCUGCUUGCUCUAGUGGCGGCCAAGAGGGAUGAGCCAAGUGCUGUAGUUGACUAUGAGAAAAUUGAUGAAGAUGCCAGAGCACUUUAUGAAGCCGGAGUGAAAAGGAAAGGCACUGAUGUCAAAACCUGGAUUAGCAUCAUGUCAGAGAGGAGUGUCCCUCAUCUGCAGAAAGUAUUUGAGAGAUACAAGAGUUACAGUCCCUAUGACAUGCAGGAGAGCAUCAGGAAGGAAGUGAAAGGAGAUCUGGAGAAGUCCUUCCUCACACUCGUUCAGUGCUUCGAAAACAAACAGCUCUACUUUGCCAACAGACUGAACGAUGCCAUGAAGAGUAAAGGUGCAAAGGAAAAAGUGGUGACAAGAAUCAUGAUCUCACGCUGUGAGGUAGACCUUAAGAAGAUCAGGUCUGAGUUCAAGGCCCAGUCUGGAAAGUCUCUGUACCAGACCAUCUCUGAGCAUACUAAAGGAGACUAUCAGCUGGCUCUGCUGAGUUUGUGUGCAGGAGAUGAAUAAAAAGGAGAAGGUCACUCUGGUUCCAGGAUGGACGGAUGCUGCGUUCCUCAGGAGCUCACUCAUCUACUUAGCCCUCAGCUCUGAUGUACUGUUCUAGCUUUAAGCAUAGUAUGUAAUCUGUAUGGAUCAGUUUAUUUUUUAACUGGACUCACAGUGUUCCAAAGACAAACUUGCUGUUAUGUAGUCUUUAAGCAUUUGAAGGAAUGACUGAUGAAUGCUCAAAUCCUGGUUUGGUAAACUUAACUAUCUGAGUAUGAGUAUCUACAAAGAAUAGUUGACCAUUCCAACGCUUUUUUUUUCCUUGCUGUGUUUAGAGCCAUGUCCUGAAGCAGUUCGUCUAGUUCACCACUAGAGUGCAGUAGAGCAUCACAAGGCUUUGCUUCUAAGCCUCUUGCCCACAAUCCUAAGCCUGUUGUUGCUAUAUUUUGCUGUUUUGACCUUUUUUUUGUUGUUGUUCAAUAAAUAAUGCAAAAAAUA